AUGUCAUAUUCGGCACUCGAAAAGCACUACCGAGACAAGAACCACUCUCGUCUUUCGGUCGACGUAGAAAACUCCGAAACCGGUGUCUUCCUCUCUGCGAACAACGGCCUCGCUAGGGACGCGGACGAUCACGCCGGAUACCCACCCUUGUCGACGGACAUCGAAGUUAACGCUGGCAAGAUGAGGUCAAGAAGGAGGAUGCCAAUAGGCUCCAAGCGACUCGCCCUCAUCCUUCUCGGCCUUGUAGGCCUUGUCAUGCUCUUUGGCAGGAAAGACUCGAGGGAGGCUGUCGUAGGCUACGUCAACGACACGGCAGGCCACCUCGAAGACGCAUAUCAGAACCACGCACCAUGGAAGGCGAAGCCAGAGGAAGUCAUCACUGGCGAUGCAGACCUCGACGACGCCAGCGGCGGCACCGCACUGACCGCUCCAGCAGACCCUUCGACACCAGCACCAGCGCCUGUCACGGGCACCAGCUCCGACACGGUGCGCGAAAAGCCGAAAUUGCAUGCCGAUCCCACCAAGACGACUCGCUGCGAUUCCACCACGGCCCGCGACCGCAACGGCAACCCUCGACCUCUCGUGCAGUACGCACUCAUGAUUGAUGCCGGCAGCACGGGAAGCCGUAUCCACGUCUACCGCUUCAACUACUGCGCCGAAGCGCCCGAACUCGAGGACGAGUACUUUGAGAUGCUUCAGGGCGGUCUGAGCAACUACGGCACAAACCCAGCUGGCGCCGCUGACUCGCUGAGGCCACUUCUCAAGUCGGCCCUCGCCCGCGUUCCCAAGAGCCUGCAGAAGUGCGCACCUGUGGCCGUCAAAGCCACCGCCGGUCUUCGUCUCCUCCCCGGCCAGCAGGCGAACGACGUCAUCAAAGCCGUUCGCACCAUGCUUGAGAAGGAGUACCCCUUCCCCAUCGCGGACGGCAAGAACGUCGAUGGCACCAAGGCGUCCAAGGGAGUCGAGAUCAUGGAGGGCAAGGACGAAGGUGUCUUUGCAUGGAUCACGGUCAACUACCUGCUGAACCGCAUCGGCUCGUCCGCUGGCAAAACGCUCGAGACGGCUGCUGUGAUGGACCUGGGUGGCGGCUCGACGCAGAUCGUCUUUGAGCCCAAGUUCGCCUCCGCGGUGCAAGGCAUGCAACCCGGCGAGCAUGUCUACAAGCUCGACGCCUUUGGUGCUCAGCCUUACACGCUCUACCAGAACUCGUAUCUCGGGUACGGUCUGAUGCAGGCGCGCAUGUCGAUCAACUCGAUUGCCGCGUUCACGUACAGCCUUGCGCACCCGGGCGCGGUCCUCACUGGAUCGGCGCACAAGAACACGACCGGCUCCAAGUGGGGUGCUUCCAACGCAACUGACGCCGGGAAGCCCCAAAUCCCCUCCCCCUGCUUCGCCAACGGUCGCACCAAGGACGUGCUCAUCUCGCAGCCGGGGCAGAACACCCAGGCCAACGUCACCAUGGUCGGCACCACCGGAGGCUUCACCGCCUGUCGCCGCCUCGUCGAGGUCAUGAUGAACAAAGAUGCGGUUUGCAAGUCUGCUCCCUGCUCCUUUGCGGGUGUCUACCAGCCCAGUCUCAUGGAGACCUUCAAGACCGCACCCAUCAUCGCGCUCUCGUACUUCUACGAUCGGCUGACGCCGUUGGGUCUCGGCCCGCAGUUCAAGAUCUCGGACCUCGAGGCGCUGGCCCAGCGCGCCUGCGCGUACAGCAAGAAGGACACGCAGAAGUUUGAUGCCAAGGCGAUCGCAGAGUUGGAGGAUCGCCCAGAGACGUGUUUGGAUCUCAGCUUUAUGCACGGCCUGUUGAGUUUGGGGUACGAGCUGAGCGGCGAGCGCGAGGUGAGCGUGGCUAAGAAGCUGGGCGGCACCGAGCUGGGUUGGUGCUUGGGCGCCCAGCUUUCGGUCCUAGAUGAUGGGCUGCUGUGCAAGCCAUAG